UAAAUAUCUUUCAUUUUAGAAGUUAAUUAUAAAGUACUAAUUAAUACGUGAAUCUUAUUAUUAGAUAAUUAUUUUGCAACACUCAGACAUAUUGCAUGUAACUGUGUAAAUUGAUAUGAUUGAUUUUCCAGAAAAAACCACCGGUUAUUUGGGCAUCGCCCUCUGUGAAAAAUGAAACGAUGGACAAUGUGUUUAGAACUUCUUGGUGUGAUUACAUUACUUAUAUCCCACACAUUAGUCCACGCUUACAGCCAGGGCGCUGGUGCCCAGGCCUGUUCCUCCCUCACACCCUGGCACAGUGCCAAUCAGCCACAAACCAAUCCCAUCCCCUAUGUGAUCACAGUGUCGAAAACAUCAUAUCGUCCUCUGGAACAAGUUGUAGUGAAUAUUCAAGCUUGCAGAGGACAUUCUUUUAAAGGAUUUUUGAUUCAGCCAAGAUUGGCACAAUUUGCUACUCAGGAUGUGAAGAUAGGAGUGUUUGGCAUGUACAACGAUGCUCCUUAUAAGUACACCUGUCCCGAUACUCGUAAUGGAAUACGAGGCCAAGCUUUAACACACACAUCCAACGAAGAAAAAACAAAGAUCAGCAUUGUUUGGCAGGCUCCUAGAGUUCCACAAGGCCAUGUUGUCUUCAGGGCCACCAUUUUGCAGGAGUAUACAACAUUUUGGGUGGCUGUGAAUUCUCCCAUUGUCUAUGAUGCUUACAGCUCUGUGAGGUUGGGGCAGAGCCAAGUGCUCAGUCUGACAAAUAAGAUAUCUCCAGUUUGUAAUGAGCCUAUACCAGCCACACCUCAACCACCUACAUCAACACCACAACCACCAACACCACAACCAACAACACAGAAACCAACGACACAGAAACCAACAACACAAAAACCAAUGACAACCACACCCAAACCAACGACACCCAAACCUAUAACACCCAAGCCAACCACACCCAAACCUACAACACCCAAGCCAACCACACCCAAACCAACCACGCUCAAACCAACCACACCUAAACCUACGACACCCAAACCUACGACACCCAAACCAACAACAACAACCCCUAGGCCAACAACAACCAUUACUACAACAUCAACAACAGAGGCAUUUACACUUCCUCAGGGUAUAUAUUUGCCCCCUGACCCUGAGUGUAACAAAAGUAAAGGUUGUUUCCAUGACUGCAAGAGAGGGGUUUGCUCUUUCAUUAUCUCUUGGAGGGACAGAAAGGGGUAUUUGGACAUGGAGAUCAAAUCACACGUCCCCACUGGAGGUGACCGAUGGGUUGCAGUGGGCCUUUCUUAUGACAACAGAAUGGGCAGUGACAGUGUGACUGAGUGUAUGUCUGUUAAUGGCCAGGUCGAUAUUUUCCAGUCAUACAACUCAGACACUCAUAGCAACUCACGACUCAGAAAUCCCAAAAUAGGACUUAGCCAAGAAUAUGGUUCCUUUGUGGAUGGCAUUUUUACUUGUGGCUUUACACGAGAUAAACUGGUUCCCACAGAAAGUAGAGUCUUUAAUCUGAACAAAGAUUGGUACAUCCUGUAUGCUUAUGGAACAGCUAUUGAAGGACUGAAACUUCCCCAUAUGUAUGACCCAGCACCACCAGCUACAGAGGAUGUCAUUGAUUUCCAGGCAUACUUAGCCAAUCUGCCAACAACCACUACCAGAAGUACCACUACAACCACCACCACCACAGUGGCACCAACCACUACCACCACCACACCUAGGCCUACCACCACCACCAAGAAAACCACUCCAAGGCCCACCACACCAUGGCAACCACCUAUAACAUGGAAACCUGUAACAACCAGGGCACCACAAACAACCACUUUUGUCAGAACAACCGCCAUCCAUGAUCACCAUGAACACUCCCAUUUUCAUAAUCAAACCCUCCCAGAAGACUUUGGGUGUGGGGAAACCAAAGGCUGUUUUGCCAAGUGUAGUGGGGGACAGUGUGAUUUCAUCAUCUCUUGGAAUGACACUGGUGAACAUGUGCAGUUUGAGAUGAAGAAGAAAUUUUCCGCUAUGGAUCCCAGUGACCACUGGAUUGCUGUGGGCUUCUCUGAGGAUAAAAGAAUGGGUGAUGACAGUGUCACAGAAUGUGUCCAACAGAAUGGUUUUAUUCUCGUCCACCAGUCUUUUAAUCAAGUCUCCAAAUCAAACACUCGCCUAAAACAGAGUGGCCUGGGAUUGAGCGAUGUCUCAGGAAGCUAUGCUGAUGGUGUGUUCACUUGCCAAUUCACCAGAAAGAAGCAACUGCCAGACGAGAAAGAAAUCUUUGACCUGAACAAUGACUACCACAUGUUGUUUGCUUAUGGAGUAGCUGUAGAUGGUGCCAAGAUGCGACACGGUGUACGCGAUAUGCCUGCAGUCUCCUCAGAACCUGUAGACUUACAGAAACACAGCAACAUCAAGGAAAAGGCUGUGUAUUUCCUGGUCAAAAUUCAUGGUAUUUUGAUGAUUAUUGCCUGGGUCUGCCUGGCCAGUAUAGGAAUUGUAGCAGUCAGGUACUACAAGACAGUGUGGCUGGAGGAGACCUGUCUGAGGGAGAGAAUCUGGUAUCAGUCCCACAAAUUCUGCAUGGUGACCCUGUUCGUGUGUGUAAUGGUGGGAGUCAUCCUGAUUUUUGUAGACAUACAAGGAUAUAGUCAGAUUGAUGGUAAAAGCUUCCAUCAAGCUCACCCUAUAAUGGGACUUCUGGUCACACUCUUUACCAUUGCAAAUCCCAUAAUAGCAAUUCUGAGGCCUCUUCCUGGCACUGUGAAGAGAAAAAUAUUCAACUGGAUUCACUGGGCAGUGGGCACUGGUGCUCAUUUUUUAGCAAUUGUGACAAUAUUUGCUGGGGUGGAGCUAGCAAAGGCAAGGGCACCAUUCUACCUCACCUACAUCCUUAUAACAUAUGUCUGCUACCUACUAGUCAUUUUCUUCAUUUUGGAAGUCCAUAGUUUCAUUUCCAAAAGAGCAGAACAUAAGAGGGAUCAAACCUACAUUUACGAGAUGCACAGAAAGCCUUAUUACUCUAGUGUGAAUCAUUCCAUGGACAUAGAGCCACCGUACAGCAAAAUGAAGAAGGCCAUAUUUGGUUCCCAUAUUCUCAUUACCGUGACUGUGACACUCAUUAUGUGCAUUCUAUUGUUUAUUUCGUAAAAUAUCUUUGUGACCAAAUUCCAAGAGGACCAUUGUCUGCUGCCAGUGGGUAUCGUCAUGAAUCAUAGAAAAUGGGUUAGAACUUUUGUCAUCAAGAACUUGUCUGGUUUUUUUCUUGAGAUUGUUAGCUAGCUAUAAAAUGGAUUCUAGUUCAGGUAUAGCUAAAACUUGUCUGAUUGAACUCCUUCACAUCAAGGUUUAUAGUGAAUCAGAUGUAACCUAUACAAAUCGUUCUGCUGCCUGGCUUCAUUGAUUUUGCAAGAACUUCUCUUAAUACAACUUUAGCCAGAACUGGACUUUGGGGGGGGGGGGGGGGGUGUUGUUGACUGUUCUACUGGUUCUCUUGACUGGUACCCGGUGUGAAUUGUCUACAAGGAUUGCAUAUUUUCGUCUGGUUGAAUGUCAGGGUCCCACAUCUGUGAUGUCUAUAUAUGUAUGUGUAACUUUUUUUUUUACUAUUUAUUCCAUUACAAUGUUUAAUUUUGAAUAGUUAUGUAAAUUUUUAUGGACAUUAUUCAAAGUUCUAAAAGGGAACUUGGUUUCUUGUACAGUUGUCACACUGGAAUAAGGUACUAUUAUUGUUUUCUGUAGGUAUUCUACCAAAACAGAGUACAUGUAUUUGAUAUAGGAUAUAGGUUAUUUAAAGGUGAUUUAAAAGUGAUAGCAUGGUAUGGAAGAUUGUCUAUUUAGAAUAUUGAUACCCUGAGUGCUUUCUAGUCAUAUUGAUUUAAGUUUACAGUAUUUGAGAAAGAAAGUAAGAGAGAGAGAAAGAGAGAGAGAAAGAUUUAUAAUGUAUUUAUUGACAUUAUUAGAUUCAUGUCAUUAAAAUUAGUAUUCUGUUGUUAGUUAUGUAUGCUAUUACAUCUGGAAAUGUAAUGAAUUUUAAGAAAUGUUUUGAGUCUGACUUUUUCUAAAAAGAAUUAUUUAUGAACAUAUAACAACUAAAUUGUUGGAGAUGUUUGAAUAAACAUUAUAAACCUUGAGCUGUUUAUUUACAUAUUUUCUGUUUCCAUUGGUUGAUAAUGCUGUAAAUUGUAAUGUGUAAUAAAAUGGGGCAGGACCCCUUCCUAAAUCCAACUUACUGAUGUAGUGUACAUUCGAAUGUUCAAAUCAUGACCCUUGGGGCCAAGGUGGAACCAUAAUACCAUUUUAAAGUUUUAUAUAGAAAGAUUUGAAAACAUUUAAGAACAGUGGUUCAAUCUAUCAUUUGAUACAUGUAUUUAAGAAUCUUCAUGUAAUUUAGAUUCAACUUUGUUCAAACCAUGUUCCUUGGACAAGACCACAAUUCAAUAUAAAGAAUUAAAUAAAAUCUUUCUUCCAAAUAUCGCAAUGCUACAAGUUACAUAAAGUUUAAUAUGGAAAUGCUGUCGGGUAGUUUGUUUCAAUCCAUAACACUGUUGCUAGAAUGGGUCUACAAUUAAUUUCAGACACUUGUUGCAUGGUGUACGAAAUUUGGGUCCUCCCUAUGAGAGCAAGGUAUUAUUGUGCUCUGUGUUUUUAUCAGGUUUUCAUCUCCGACGGGGAACUUUUCAGAAUCACAAAUAGCAUAAAAAGAACACAGUAUACAAUGCUGCUACUUAAUCAGAAAAUGUGCUAUUUAUAGGUAUUAAGAGAUUCUUCAUGAUGAGAAAAUGUGCUAUUUAUAGGUACUAAUUAAGAGAUUCUCCCUGAUGGUGUAUUUUCAUUUGUGUAUUAUUAGUCCUCUGGAAAUUUCACAGACCCUUUUCUAAAUACUGUUGAAAAAGAAAACAUAUAUUUUUAAUAUAACAAUUUAUUGUAUAAAAUGUAUAAAAUUGUGUACAUUUCAAAUUGUAAAACGUAACACAUGAACCACAUUAAGAGACCUGGCAGUGAGGCAUCAUACCAUACGUAACAACUAGAAAAAAUACGUAAUAUACGUACACUAUAAACAUACAACAUACAAACAAAACAACUUCCCCUCACAGCAAAUAAACAUAUCUUGUUAUUUAUGUACAACAAAAAGUGAGUUUCAUGAAUAUUUCAACAAUUCUUUGGUAUUGCAACAAUUUUUGUUGUUGAAAGAAUGCAUUUAUUCUUUCCUCUUAUCUUAAAGUGUUUCACCCCAUUUGAAAUAGUCAAAACCAUGCAUAACAAUUAUGUACAACCCUGAGUAAAUAUAUCAGUAGAAGAAUGAACAAAAAUUACUUUAAAGGGACUGAUUCACGUUUUUUUUUGAAAAAAGUAUUUCUUAUUUUUAAUGUUUUAACAUUAAAAAUAUAACUCAUUUAAUGUUGCCAGCCAAAAUUUUGACCUUCUAAAUGCAAGAAUAAAAGCGAUAUUCUAGCCUGAACUCUGUGUUAUGUAAACAAAGACUCUCAAUUAAUUAAUUUUGUAAUUAAAACCAUCUUAAGUUUACACAGUCACAAAUUUAACUUUCAGAUGACAUAUUUUACCUAAAGAAUACUUGAAAUGUGAUAGAUAUAAUACACUUAUAUCGAUAUCCAUUUCUCUUAGUAAAAAAUAACAUACCGCAAUCUUUGUUUACAAAAGAAAUGAUAAACUCUCUACAAUGAGCUUCUGUGAUAAUGUAUAUAAAUCUUAAUUUUUUGUGAAACCCUUUAAACACAUUAGACAGUAAAUUUUCAUCAUCAAAAGUGAAAAACAAAAUUUGGGGGGAAAUCGUGAAUCAGUCCCUUUAAUACAUGAUCAUGAUUUUUCAUACAUGUAAUAUUUGGGACUUCUAUUAAGAGAAAACAUCGGUGUAAUACUAUGCAAUUAUUUACAAUUGUGGGGGAUCAAUAUUUCUGGAGAACAAUUUAACAGUCGAAGGCUCUGAAACUUUUAUAGUACAGUUAACACUAUCUAAUUGAUACAUGUGUCACUGUAGGUCUUUUUACCAUAUUACUUACACCCUACAAUAUAACAUCCUAUUUGAUUUGACUCGGUCUUGUAGUAGAACAUAUCAAAUUAGACAGGUUGAUUAGACAGGUUUUACUGUAGUUCCCAAAAAGCCAGUUUACAACCUCCCCCCCCCCCCCC